AUGGCGGACGAGCCGACGACGAUGGGCGAUCUUGGAGAGCACGACGAGGGAUUCUACCAGAACUUGGGUCGCAGGCGAGACGCGGCCAAGGCCUACUUCGCGGCGAAUAUGUCGAGGGCAGUGCGAGAGGCUUUAGCGGCUCGCAACAGACCCUUAGCGAAGGAGUUCCAGAUCGGCGAGUACGUCUACUUCUGGAGGCGCGACAAGGGCGAGAGCGACUUGAUCAAGAGUUAUUGGAAGGGACCGGCGAUGGUGACGCAGGUCGAGUACACGGACGACCCCGACAAGCUGAGGCAGUCAGUCAUCUGGUGCGUGCAUAACAACACGCUGCUCAGGACGACGCGCGAGUUGCUGAGGCCAGAGCUACCAGAGGAGCGGCGACAACGCGAGGAGGCAGAUGAUGCUUUCGGUCUACCCUUGUCGACGGCGGAGAGAUUGCUCAAGAAGUUGAAGAGCACGACCGGCUCCAUCAAGUACAAGGAUUGCGUUGGCGACGCGCUCGGGGACCCAGAGGGCCACGUAGACGACGGACGGCCCGAGGACAUGGACAUGGACGCUACAGGCGUGGACACUGAUGGCAAGGUGGAGGGGCCAGUCGAGGAGCGUGCUCAUCGCGACGAAAGGACGAGGAGCAGCGAAGAAGCCGAGCCAGCCGAGCGCGAGGUGAAGGAGGAGCAGCCGCAGUCAGCGGCGGCCGAGUCUCGACCCGAAACCGAUCCACCGGAAGCCGAUGGCAGGCGAGAACCUCAUCUCGAGGCACCAAGCCAAGAGAAAGAAGAGGACGCUAAACCGGAGGCCAUAGUGGAGAAGCGGAAGGUGGACGACAGGGACGAGUUACUGGAGAGCAUUAAUGCGGCAAGACGGCUCGACGGGCUCAAACCGUUGGCUAAGAGACCAAGGAUAACACCGAUGGAGACAGAGACCAUCAAGACGGACACAGGCGACGACGAGCUGCUACUGCUGUACGAGGACGAGGCGAUGAUCCACCUCACGAACGCGGCGAAGCGCGACGCUGUGGUGGAGGCCAGGCUCACGCCGGACGAGAAGGUGCAGUUCGACGAGGCCAAGACCAAGGCAUUGCUACCCUGGAUCGAGAAUCAGGCGUGGCAGGCGGUGGACGAGGCGACGGCGGGAGCUGGCGAAGUGUACCUCAUCCUGCUCAUCCUGUGCCAGCAGUCGUGGAAGAUGGUGGCAGCUGACGUGAAGAGCGCAUUCCUCCAGGCCAAAGACAUUCGUGGGCAGGGAGUGCGCAUUUUCAGCAGACCGACGAAGGACAUCCGAAGGAGGUUGGCGAAGAUGAUGGGCCUAAAGGACGACGAGAUAUUGCAGAUGCUGAAGCCAGCUUUCGGGGAUGUUCGCGCUCCCAGGCAGUGGAAUCAGACGAUCACGGAGGCCAUGAUCGACAUCGGAUUUCUUCAACACCAGUUGGAUCGGUGCUGUUUUCUGUCGUACCGCAUCGCAGCCGACGGCGACGACCCCUUUCUGGUGUGGAGUGCAGACGACGGACAGAACUACGUACUGGACGGUAUUUUGGGUUUACACGUGGACGACUUCAUCGGUGGCGGCGAGAACCUGGAGUGCGAGGCCGGCCUGACCGACAAGCAGGCCUACGAGGGCACGUUCCUGGACAGGGUGCAGACUCUCAGCAGGCGCUUUAAGUUCGGCAAGUGGGAGUUUCAGAACGGUAUUGUUUUCUGUGGUAUGGAGACCACGCAGUCGCAGUCAAGGAACGAGAUCGAGGUCAAGGCCGAGCAGUACAUCCAUAAGGUGAAGCCGAUUAGCAUCGAGAAGGUACGCCGCCAGCACCCGGACGAUUUGUGCACGCCGAAGGAGAUAAGCCAGCUACGAGGACUUAAUGGAGCUAUGCAGUGGCCGGCAUCUCAGUGUAUGGUGCAGGCGGCGGCGACAGUUUCUUUUGCCCAAGGUGACGUGAGCAAAGCUACGGUUGGAAGUUUGCUGGAGGCCAACAAGUCAUUGCGGUUCCUGAAGGCGAGUGGCGACGUGGGCAUCCGUAUUCGUUACGUGUCCAAGUGGGAGCAGCUACGACUUGGAGUGUAUUGGGACGCUUCAUGGGCAACAAGACUUAACGGAGAGUCGCAAGGAGGCUACAUGAUCUUCGCGAUCGAGGACGACAGGAUCGACGACGGCCAGGCCACGUUUUUGGUUAUCAUCGAUUGGACGAGCAAGAAGUUGGUUCGCAUUUGCAGGAGUUCUCUGUCCGGGGAGGCUCAGGCGGCGGCCAACGCGGUGGACGCUCUGGAGUUCGCGAAGACGAUGCUGACCACGAUGCUCUACCCCAACAUGCAGCUGACGGGACCGGACAUGUUGCAGGUGCUAGGGCGAAGCCCGUGUAUCACAGACUGCAAGGCGCUCUACGACGCAGCCAUUUCUCAGGCGCCAGCCGGUGGCCUGACGGAGCGCAGGACGGGCAUCGAGAUCAUGCAAGUGAACGAGAAGAUGAAGGAGUUCGGCGGAGUGUGGAGAUGGACGAAUACACAUCAGCAGAUGGCGGACGGGCUGACUAAGUUGCAGGUGCGGCAGCAGUUCGUGGAGAAGCUGAGGAGGAUGACACACGCGCUGAAGUACGACGCAACGUUCACUGCAGGCAAGAAGGUCAGCCAGCAAGAGCGUAACAAGAACGAGCAGGAGCUGAACGACGCGGCGGCCGACUUCGACGAGGCGAAUGCAGUGGACCAGACACCAGAUGAAGUGCCAGCGCGAGAGAUGGUCAAAGCGACGAGGGCAGGUACCAGGACAGCACGGAGACUCGCGGCGCUGGUGGCGAUCACGGCGGCUACGACGACAAAAGCAGAGGAGACAUGCCCAAGCCUGGACAUCAACGAGACGCAGUGGAUCUACGUGACCGUGCUCACGAUGUUGCUGGUUGUGAUGGUGCUGGUUUGCGGCUGUUGUUUGUGUGUGACGUGCUACAUCAAACGGGCGAAUGAGCGAUUCUGGAGAACAAAUAACGAGGAGAUGAAACGCUGUUUGAAAGAUACGCCAGACUCAUGCGGAGACGACAACGCCGAGUAUAUGCAGAUGAAGAUAAAGAUGAGUGAGCAAGCCGACGAGAUCGAGCGCUUAAAAGAGAAGAACGAAGGGCAACGGACUAAGAUCGAAGAGAGAGCCAAGCAAAUAGUCGACAUGCAGCCAGACAUGGAGAAGCUGAUGACGGAUUUCGAGCAGCGCGGCAAGAGCUUGGCGGCAUACGAAGAGAAGUUGACCAAGACCGAGAAGCUACUGAAGGACGCUAAUGAGGAGCUUGGAUUGUGCUAUAAAAGGCUGUCGGCGCUGAACGGUUCGAACGACAAGUUGGAGCGGCAGCUGAAUAACGUGAAGAACGAGCUACGGCAGAUGACGCUGAGAGCUCGAGACGUGCCGGAGCCCAAGCGGAUGAGGUUUCAGGUGAUACAGUCGAUGAACGAGCCGACGGUGAUCACGACGGAGGAGUUUACAGCAGGCGUGCCCGCGGCCUGGGUCGGCAGGGCCUUGGCCCUGGCGGUGUUGCUGAGGCGGCUCGUGCGGUCGCAGUGCAGGCGCCUUCUCGACGGGAAGAGGAAAGCCCUCGCGGAGAUCCGACGCCCAGAAACUGCCCGCAUCAACACCACCGUCGAUCAGAAUCAGCUCCAGGAGUUGCGGUCCCACGUCGACGCCACCAAAACCACCCUGAUUGCAGCCGUGGCCAAGGUUGAGGGUUGGCUCGCAGGCUUCUCCGCCGCCGUCACAGAGAGCUGCAACGCCAUCGACAAACGCAUCGUAUUCCGCUUGCACACAGUGGGGGAGCGUCACAGUGAGCAUGAGGCCGGGGUCGAUAUCUUGGAGGAGCACAUCACGGUGUUUCAGCGCCGUCUUGGUGAUAUUCGUGAAGCUAAACCUGUCCCUCCCGUGACCAGCAAGAAAUUCGACAGGAAAGUGGACACCGCCAUCUUCAAUUUCAGGACGAAGCUUUCUGUGGCUCGAGCCAAAAUCAGCAGCGCGGUGGAACCUUGGCUACCCCGCGCCAACCUCAAUGCGCACGAGUACGAGUCCGAAAGAGGGGGGAUCAACCAUUUUCUUGUCUCCACCUUCGCCGCAGAGUCAUUGCAGCACCAUGUCUUCGUCAAGGGCGACUUUCCGACCGCCGUCGCUGGGAAAGAUCGCCAGCCAUCCGACGGGUAUGUCAUCGCUUCCUGGCCCCAGGGCGAGUUUUGGAAGUGCGCGUGA